GCUCACUCUCGUCCGCACAUAGACCGACACACACACACACGCACACAUAUACACUCCCUCGCAUAGCCAUCCCCCUACACACGUACACACACUCACCCUGGUGCAGUGAGCAGAAGAGAAGCUGUCUGUGCUGGAACUCACUCAGCUGACAGGGAUAGCUGGAGCCCCGGUGCCUGGAGGAAGAAGCCAGUGCUGGUUCCAUUUUACAGCCCAGUCCCUCGCUCAGACUAGCCCCACGCCGCGCCGCACAACUAGAGGGGGCGGAGGGGGGGCCGGGGAAGAGAAGCCAUGGCCAUGGCCGACAUCGGCGAGGAUGACCUCGAUGAAGCGAUGCGCGACGAGGCGGAGGACGUGUUCUACAAUGACGGAGUGUCGUCCCGUGUCCCCGAGAUCAUGGCGGCUGGCACACAUUCCCCCGGGGGACCCAACGGCAUCAUUCGGAGUCAGUCCUUCGCCGGCUUCAGCACGUUACAGGAAAGACGCUCACGGUGUAACUCGUUCAUGGGGAACUCAGUGGUCCAGAAAAAGCCCCAGUCCAAGCCCAAGAAGCCCCAUCUGUCCGGGCACAAGGCCAGCAGCUCCAGAGAGCCACAGCCCAAGAGACUGGAGGAGGUCUACGGAGCCCUCAAACAAGGCCUGGAUGAGUAUCUGGAGGUCCACCAGACGGAGUUGGACAAGCUGACGUCCCUCAUGAAGGACAUGAAGAGGAACUCUCGACUGGGAGUGCUGUACGAUCUCGACAAGCAAAUCAAAACCAUUGAGCGCUACAUGAGACGGCUGGAGUUUCACAUGAGCAAGGUGGAUGAGCUGUACGAGGCCUUCUGCAUCCAGCGGAAACUGAGAGAUGGAGCAAAUCGGAUGAAGCAGGCCUUCUCUGCCUCUCCCUCCACCAAGGGCACGCGCGAGAGCAUCGCCGAGGUCAACCGCAGAUACAAGGAGUACACAGAGAACAUGAGCACCUUCGAGGGGGAGCUGGAGAACUUGCUCGGGGAGUUCCACAUCAAAAUGAAAGGUUUGGCUGGAUUUGCAAGACUCUGUCCAGGAGACCAGUAUGAGAUCUUCAUGCGUUACGGCCGUCAGAGGUGGAAGCUGAAGGGCAAGAUCGAGUCCAACUCCAGACAGAGCUGGGAUGGAGAGGAGAUGGUCUUCACGCCCCUCGUCUCUGACCUCAUCAACAUCAAGGUGACUGAGCUAAAGGGGCUGGCCACCCACCUCCUGGUGGGCAGUGUGAUCUGUGAGACCAAGGACCUGUUCACCGCCAUGCCCCAGGUGGUGGCAGUGGACGUCAACGACCUGGGAACCAUCAAACUCAACCUGGAGGUCACCUGGUUUCCGUUUGACGUGGAGGAUCUGACCCUGUCGUCAGGCAACGUGAGCAAGGCUGCGGCCCUGCAGAGACGGGUGUCGGUGUACAGCCAGGGCACGCCCGAGACCCCCACCUUCCAGGACACCUCCUUCUUUUCCACCCUGCCCGACGACGUCUUUGAGAACGGAGGCUGCGGCGUGGCCGAGUGCAAGCGCCUUUCCUUCACCUUCUCCGACACCUCGGCCUCCACCCCCACCCCCAGCCUCGCCCCGGGCCAGUCUAACCCAGAGAUCACGGUCACCCCCCCAGAGAGCGACUCGCCGCCUCGCAUCCCUCCCCACGCCGCCAGGGAAGACGCCCGGAUCCCGGAGGAGGAGGAUGACGAACGAGCGGGGGACGAGGAGAGCGGGGGUAGCGCCAGCCUCACCAGCGAGGAGGCGGAGUGCGAGUGGGAAGGUGCCGAGUCCCAGCGCGACGGCCCGCCCUCCGGCACCGCGUCCGUCGCCCCCUCGCUCUGCUCCGAGCGCCGGCUCUCCACCGUGGCGCCCGAGGACGUGUUCCUGGACCACACGGGGGCGCCGGAGGACGACGCCUCGGAACUGAAGCCCCUGGAGCUGGACACGGAGGAGGCCGGGAGCCUGACCAGGCAGCUGGUGAGGAGGCUGACGUCGUCCGACAUCCUGCCCAAGACGGGGGACCUGAGCUGGGCCGGCGAGGGGAGCAGAGCCUUCCUGGAGAGUAGCCUGGAGGAGGCCCUCCAGAGCCUGCUGAUCAGGCUGGAGGGCUUGACCCAGCGCUGCAGAGAGCUGCAAGACCUGGAGCAGGAGCUGAUGAGGCUGGAGGACCUGCUCAAGUGUCGUCUGCCGGGUCACCGGAGCCGCUCUUCCAGCCUCAGCCUGACGGUGGAGAGCGCCCUGGAGAGCUUCGACUUCCUGAACACCUCCGACUUUGACGACGAGGACACGGGAGACGACGCCGCCCCGGGCCUCAGCCUGCCGCGCGCCGCCUUCUACGACAUGGAGGCGGACCGGACGGGACCAGGCCAGCACCCGGAGGCCAGGGGCCACCUGAGCGAAGCCCUGACAGAGGACACCGGAGUGGGCAACAGCGUGGCAGGCAGCCCCCUGCCCCUCACCACGGGGAACGAGAACCUGGACGUCGCCAUCGUCAUCCACCUGCAGUACUGCAACCACCUCAUCCAGCAACUGUCCACUGGGAGGAGCCCCUGGCAGCGCCGGGCCCUGCUGAGCAAACUGUCUGCCCAGACGGUGCUGCUGGAGGAGCUGGGGGAGAUUAGUGUGGAGAGACUGGGGACCGUCACCUCUGCUGCAGAUGUGCUCCCUGGGCUAGCAGAGCGGCCGGCCAUGAUGGCCCUGUGGUCAGAAUGGAGCGGCUCCGGUGGCCUCUUCCACACCACGCUGGACCGCGUGUUCAAGCACAUGAACCACAACCUGACCUCAACAUUGCAGGAGAGACACCCACAGGCCGCGGACACCGCUCUGCGUCUGGUGGUGAGUGAGAUGGUGGACAGGAGUGAGCUGGCCCCCCACGGGCCCCCUGCCUCGGCGCUGGCCCAGGACGUGCUCACCGUCUUCCAGUUCCACGGCUACGUCUGCGACCACGCCGUCACGUCUAUGGAGGAGCAUCUUGUGCAGGUGGCCCAGGAAGUCAUCUUUGCCGAAACCCUGAGCAGCGGAGACUCCGAGCGGUGUGUGUGUGAGCUGGACGAGGUGUGUGUGACCAGUCUGUGGCCCUGGCAGGCCACCCUGAGGGCCCUGGCCUCCCUCCUCACCCUGGAAGACCCCCUGGUCCAGCAGGCCGCCACCACCUUCCUCACCUCGGCCGCUUCUCACCCCCCCUUCAGGACCAGGGCGGUGGACUGCUACACCCAGGCCCUGUCGGAGGCCCCGGCUCCCACCCAGAGGGCUGCCUGUGCUGCUCUCAGCUGCUUACAGGCAGUAGAAAGCAUCAGGGCUGUCACACUGCUGUGUGACUCAGCAGACGAGGAGCUACGUCACAUGGCUGUUGAGACCCUGCUCACUCUUGGUGAAGAGGGGCGGCUGGCGUACGAGCAGUUGGACACGGUGCCUGGGGAGAUGGUCCGACUGGGCACGCGGAGAGGGAACGCCGUCACCACCGCCUUCUGAGGCCACGCCAGGAUCUGGACCCCUGACCCCUGCCACCUCCAGCCCUGCCUCUGCAACCCCUUUCCCCCCCACACCCCUGUACGCAGAGGCACCACCAAGCCCAGGUUACACCCACCCUCGUCAACACGGCUUUUCUGGAAAAAGCAGACUGGCCAGCUGUUUAGCAGUCAUCUCAGUCCCUGAGGAGAGGGAACGCAUAUGUGCACUCUUUUUCUUCAGCUUCCCAACCGCGACCAGGCUUUGAUACUGGUCAGUUGGGCCUCGGAAGUUGGACCAGACUUGAGGGGGGGC